UCGUGAAGCAUUUAUUCAUAUAUACAAUUCUCGGACGAGACAUGCCGCGGUACGGUACCUUUAUUCGGGACACAUUUUACGCUAGUGCUGGUAGAAAAUAAAGUUCUAAAAGUGAAAAUUUUUUUUCCAGUGAAUUGAAAUGAAUUUUUCAUAUAGACUAAUUAUCAAAGUAACAUUUAGUGUUUUAAGGUUACUUUUGUGAAUUCAAUUUUUUUAUUUACCCAAAAGUGAAAUUCAGUGAAUGUUUGUUUAAUUUGUGAAUUUUAGUGUUAUUGCGAAUUACAAACUGUUAAAAAAAACAGUGAUCUUAGAAGACCAUAACGUAAAGGAAUAUUAGAAUCACAAUGAAGACUGAGGUUGAAGAUAGUAAUCAUGAUGGUUCGUGCGAGAGUGCUGUACAGAAUCCAUCGCCUAGAACCGUCAGUGGAGUUGGAACAGAAAUUUCUUCAGGAAUAAUGGAGUGUGGUGGAUGUGGAGAACGAGUGCGAGAGCGAACAGUAUUAUGCGUUGGCGGACGAACAUGGCACUCAAGGUGCUUAAGAUGCUCAGCCUGUGCUAGACCUUUACACGACCAACAUUCCUGCUACCUUCGUGGCAUGCGCCUUUAUUGUAGACAUGAUUACACUUUAACUUUUGGAGCAAAAUGCGCAAAGUGCGGUAGAAGCGUAGGUGCGGGCGAUUGGGUGAGGAGAGCUAGAGAAAGGGUUUACCAUUUGGCUUGCUUUGCAUGUGAUGCCUGCUCACGCCAAUUAUCUACUGGUGAGCAAUUCGCUCUUCUUGAUGCACGGCUACUCUGCAAAGUUCACUAUCUUGACGUUGUCGAAGGCAAUAACACUUCAUCUGAUGAAGGUGGAGAUUUCGAAAAUGGAAAUAAAGGUGGAAACAAGGCUAAAAGAGUAAGGACAACCUUUACAGAAGAACAACUCUCCGUACUGCAAGCCAACUUUCAGCUUGAUAGUAAUCCUGAUGGCCAAGACCUAGAAAGAAUUGCACAUGUGACAGGUUUAAGCAAAAGAGUGACACAAGUUUGGUUUCAAAAUUCAAGAGCAAGGCAGAAAAAACAUUUGCAUACUGGAAAAAUGAAAGGACAUGCUCAUCAGUCGCCUCCAAAUUCAAUAUCAUCUUCUGCAGACUUCAGUCGACACAUCAAUCUACAUUUGACGUAUUCUUUUCAACAUCAGCAGCAGCCACCAAAUCAGCAUCAAGCUCAAUUAAGUCCAACAACAUGUAAGAGUCCAACGCCUUCUUUAUACCAAAAUCAUGGAACGGAACACUCAAUGGAUGAUAUAUCUCAAGACUCAAUGAUCUUAUCGAUGCCGAACGAAGCAUGAGAACAAAAUUAAUUGUAAUUACUUGCAAAAUGAAAUCUUUUUAAAUGUGGCAAAUAAUUUAAUAUUUGGAUAAUAGCAUAUUGAGAAAAUGUUUCAUUAACUUACUGAAAUGUGAUAAUAUACAUAAUAAUCUACUGAUUUAAAGACUUUUACCUUUAAUAUUGAUUUUGUUAAUUAAAGGAAUCAAUCAUUUUAAUUAAACGACAACUUUUCUCGGUGCAUUAUAAAUUAUCUUCUAGUCUGAAAGUAAUAUCGUUUACUUAAAAAAAUUAGUUGUUAUGGUUUUGUCAGCAGAAUUAAUUAAUUUGUUACUUUAAUGGUAUGUAAUAUAUAUUGUUAUCGAAUUACUAGAAUUUAUAAAUUUUUAGAAUUCUGUAGUCGAAAAACUUUUUAUUAAUGUUAAUAAUAAUUAAUGUAAAAUUAGAAUAAUUGAAUUUAUUUGAAAAUUGAGAACUUCAAAAGAAUUCUUGACAUGUAUAGGUAGCUUAUAUAAGACUUUUCGAAAUGUAAAUAAUGUAAACUAAACACAAUGAAAAUAUAUGUAAAGUGCAUUUGACCAUGUUAAUUUUUACCACUGUUUUU